GCCUACCCACGCCUAUAUAUAUAUAGACACGCCCAUGGUCUCCCUCUGUCGUCCUCUCCUUGUCCGCUCGCAAGCUGCGUAACUAUCAAGCGAAGUUGACAGUAGCAAUAGCUAAAGCAAACCCUAAACAAUGGCGGAGCCAAAAACCAAAUACGAUCGCCAACUCAGGAUAUGGGGUGAGCAAGGACAGACUGCCCUAGAAAAAGCCAGCAUUUGUUUGCUUAAUUGCGGUCCUACCGGUUCCGAGACACUGAAAAAUCUUGUACUUGGUGGAGUUGGAUCCAUCACUGUGAUUGAUGGGUCUAAAGUUGAACUGGGUGACCUUGGAAAUAAUUUCAUGGUGGAUGAAUCAUGUGUUGGGCAAUCCAAGGCGAAAUGUGUGUGCACGUUUCUUCAAGAGUUGAAUGAUGCUGUUAAAGCCAAGUUCAUAGAAGAGUAUCCUGAGGCAUUGGUUGACUCUAAUCCCUCCUUCUUUUCGCAGUUUACGCUUGUUGUAGCUACUCAGUUGGCUGAAGACUCUAUGGUGAAGCUUGAGAAAAUCUGCAGGGAGGCAAAUGUUUUGUUAAUUUUUGCACGCUCCUAUGGCCUUACUGGGUUUGUCAGAAAUAGUGUGAAGGAACAUGCAGUGAUUGAGUCAAAGCCUGAUCAUUUCUUGGAUGACCUACGGUUAAAUAACCCAUGGCCUGAGCUCAAAAGGUUUGCUGAAAGUAUUGAUUUAAAGGUGGCAGAUCCUGUUGCCCAUAAGCACACACCUUAUGUUGUCAUUCUUGUCAAGAUGGCUGAGGAGUGGGCCAAAGCUCAUGGUGGUGCCCUGCCAUCAACUAGGGAUGAGAAGAAAGAAUUCAAGGAGCUCUUAAAAGCAGGAAUGGUUGCAAUUGAUGAAGACAACUAUAAAGAAGCUAUUGAGGCCUCCUUUAAAGUCUUUGCUCCUCGAGGAAUCAGUUCUGAUCUGCUGCAGAUAAUCCAUGACAGCUGCAGUGAAGUUGAUUCUAAUUCAUCCGACUUUUGGGUGAUGGUUGCUGCAUUGAAGGAGUUCAUUGUGAAUGAAGGUGGAGGGGAGGCGCCUCUUGAAGGUUCAAUACCAGAUAUGACAUCUUCAACUGAGCUUUAUGUAAAUUUGCAGAAGAUCUACCUAGCAAAAGCAGAGGCUGAUUUUCUUGUUAUUCAGCAAAGAGUUAAGAGUAUUUUGAAGAGAAUUGGCAGAGAUCCAGAUAGCAUCUCAAAGGCAGUGAUUAAAAGCUUCUGUAAAAAUGCAAGAAAACUAAAGGUUUGCAGGUAUCGACUUAUUGAAGAUGAGUUCAGCAAUCCUGCAGUACCAGAGGUACAGAAGUAUUUAACUGAUGAGGAAUACAGUGUUGCCAUGGGGUUUUACAUCCUGCUUCGAGCUGUUGACCGCUUUUCUGCUAAUUAUAAUAGUUUCCCUGGGCAAUUUGAAGGGGAAAUGGACGAGGAUAUAUCUCGAUUGAAAACUGCAGUUGUUGGUCUACUUAACGACUUGGGUUGCAAUGGCUCAACUGUAACUGAGGACCUUAUCAAUGAAAUGUGCCGGUUUGGUGCUUCUGAACUUCAUGCUGUUGCUGCCUUUAUCGGGGGAAUUGCAUCGCAAGAAGUGAUCAAGCUCAUAACAAAACAAUUUGUUCCCAUGGUGGGAACUUUCAUAUUCAACGGCAUUGAUCAGAAGUCUCAACUAUUGGUACUGUAGAAUGCUUUGAAGGAACAGGCCAGCAUUUCAUAGGAUACGAUGGAGCAGUAGACCUUUUGCAGGUAAAGAGCUUUAUUACAUCAUUUAGUGGAAGCGGUCUUUACAUUGUCGAGAGACGUGUGGGGAUGCAGAUGCAGAGAGUUCUGAUGAUAUUCAAGUUGUGUGACAGUAUUGAUGUAUAACUUGGCUUAGAAAGAGAGUGAAAAUGGUAGAAAAGAAAAUGAAAGGCCAUAGGUAAAGCUCUCACCUUUCCUUGGCCAAAGAGGGCAACAGUGGUAACGUGAUUGAUGAGUGGCUUUCAUUUAAAACAAGGGUAAUCCGUUCUCUCUGCCUUACCCUUUACAACUUUUUUUGUGUAAACUUCUGUAAGAGAUGCCUGGAUGCACGCCUCCACUGAUCAGGCUUGUUCCAGCACACUGCUUAAAUAGCAAUUUGUACCAAAAUCCACUUUGCUAAGAGUUAAAGUUGUUGGAGAGUUUUAAGGUCC